AUGCCGCGAGCGGACAGGCCUGGUCUCCCCGUGCUCGAUACACGUGAGCUGGAACAGCUAUUGUACGCCGGGAGGCAACGUGCUAAAGCGUUCCUCUCGCCUGAAAAAACGACAUACUCACGUUUUCCAAGGAUUACAAGGAGACUGGAAAAGCCAUGCUAGACUACCUGAUUAUAUUCAAGAGGCCAAAAUACUGCUCUUAAAGAGUAAGGCAAAGUUUAAAGACAGUGUCACUUAGAAUGAUUAAAUAGGUGAUUUAUAAAGGCGUACUUGUAUAUGGGCGUUUUAUUCUCAGUCAUGUGAUUAAAUCUUGAACUAAUGUGCAUCGUCACUGCUUCAGCAGAAACACACAAGCAAAAGUCAGGUUUUUAUACCUGUCAGACAAAACAAACAGCUUGUUCUCCUCGAUGUGCGGCACGAGGGUAGGUGUGUCUCAUAAUAAUAAACGAGCUUAGAGAGAGAGCGCUUAACUCCUGACCACGCCCCCCUUUUCGCUCCUCGCUAGUUUAUUUCCGCGAGGUGUGACGUCACGUGAACCGCCCGUGUCGUCCCAGCUGAGAGAACAGAGAGAGAGAACAGUCGGACGUGGACGUCGCGCGGCCCAAACACAGACCGAAAACUCGUGCGCCCGUGACUAGAUCCACCGGAUGCAAAAAAAAGUACAGACAGAGAAAGAGGAAACAAACCCCUCCUCCCCCCACGACGGACAGCAAAGCGCGACAGCACAGAGAGAAACACCAAUGCAACUUGUCAUCUGACCAACACAGCCACUGCCCUGUCCUCUGUGUGUGUGGUUUAUACACGUUGUUCCAGAUCGGUUGUUUGUUUGUACGGAGGUUUGCUUUGCAACUAUUUGGGAUCUUCUUUUUGAUGACCGGACGAGUUACUCGGAUUAUCACUCUUCGAUUUUGAUAUAUUUACUCUGAGUCGUCUGUGUGCGGAUUGCGUUCGUAUUUGUGCGAUUUUGCAUUUUUAUUAUAGACAGUAUUCCUACUCGGAUGGUCUGACUGUCCCUCCCACACUGAUCCUCACAGAAUAACAGCUUGCUCCUCCGAGCACUUUUUCCACGUCUCUCGAUUGAAAUGGAAUAUUUUGAUGAAAACAUUUCUGCAAGAUUUUAAGAGACGUCCUCUUCUGAACGACAAGUGAAAGCCAGCAAGAAAACUUGUCCCAUUGGUAGGUAGACGGGUCAGUUUGCCACGCCUCUUCAAGUGCCCCAGGUAUCUCUCUGCGACCCCGUCUGGUCCAGGAUGUCCAGGCAGCUCACCCAGCUUCCGACCCCCGAUCUCCCAGCAGGCGCAAGCCCACAGUUUGGAAGUUGUACACAGCCUGCAGGCUCUCUCACAGGGGGGCAUCUGAACUCCAUGACAGGUCUUAAGUCCCUCCUGCAGCAUCCGAUGAAGGGAGAACCAGCGUUUAAAAAGUCCAUUGGACGCAAAGACAAAGACAGAUUGGACCUUGAUGAGGACUCCUUGGGAGUGUGCUCCAUGAGGAAUGGCAGUGGAAUUGGCAGCAGUAACAGCAGUAAUGGCUGUGGAGGAGGAAAUGGAGGAGGAAGUUUCAACCAGUUCUUGGGGCCCCUAUUGUGGGAUCGCACCCUGCCUGCGGACGGGGGCCUCUUCCAGCUUCAGUACAUGGACUUGGAGGAGUUUCUGACCGAAAAUGGAAUGGGCAGCAUGCAUAACAACAACAGCUCCAGUUCAGCCCAGAUCCCCUCACAGAGCUCCCAGUCAGCUGUACCUAACCAGAGCUCCCAGUGCCUACCGCCCUCAUCUCCACCCUGCUCCACAUCUUCAUCACCGUCUUCAUCUUCUUCACCGUCACUCCUUGGCUUGGAGGUGGCUCAGCCACAGAACCUUACAGGAGGAAACGACUUUCUUCAUGGGAGUCAGACGAGUAUGAACGACUCGUGCGAAUCACCCUGCUCCUCCUCUUCGUCCUCCUGUCCACCUCUGCUGACACCCACAGGCAGUGGGCCUGAUGCUGGAAUGUUUGACAUGGAUUCAAACGAGAUGUCAAGCUCCCCCAGCCAGCAGAACUUUGACCCCAGGAGGCACUCAUUUAGUGAAGAGGAGCUCAAGCCACAGCCAAUGAUCAAGAAGGCUCGCAAGAUCCUGGUGCCAGAUAACUUGAAGGAUGAGAAGUACUGGACCAGGAGGUAUAAAAACAACGAGGCAGCAAAGCGUUCCCGAGAUGCUCGCCGUCUUAAGGAGAACCAAAUCUCUGUGCGCGCUGCCUACCUGGAGAGAGAGAAUGCCGCCCUACGGCAAGAAGUGGCAGAGAUCCGAAAGGAACUCGGCCGUUGUCGCAACAUCCUUAGCAAAUACGAGAACCGUCUCCCCGACCAGUGAUGACGGCGUGCAAGCAAAAAAUCAAGAAGAAAAGGAAUUAAAGCUGGAUCUAAUGAAAGACUUUGAGUUAUUGGAAAUGGCAUGAUGGACAGAUUGGGGUGAAGAAUAUGCUGAUGAUAAUGAUUCUGAUGAUGAAUGUAUAAGACAAGGAGAUGGUUUGUGUUUUGAAGCUCAGGUGUCUUGUUUUGUUGAGGUGUCAGCUCUUAAAAGUAAAGAUGGAGAGAAUAAUUUAACAGAUGAGAGAUGUGACUUUUAAGAGUUUUGUUAUUGGAGAAUAUUGUAUAUUUUAUAAUACUUCAGAAAAAUUAGAGGGAGAGAAAAUUUGGAGAAUAAUUUUGUAUAUUUUCUACAUGACAGGGGACAUAGAGGAAAGCUAGGGUAAAUCUCUUUUUAUUCUAGGUGAUUCCGGAGAUGUUUAACAGGUGUCAGCCAUCGAUGGGUAUUUUUCGACUCGAUUAUUUUAGUCAGGAUGCAGCAGCAGAGGCGAGGACGCAUGUAACAAUUGUAAUAUAGAGAGCAAAAAUGAUCUUAUAAUCGUAUAGUUCAACAUUUUUGUGGAUUUUACUCAAGCACUUAAUUAUUUUCCUGUUAUGUUUCUGUCACUGGGAAUGGGCAUGCUAGAGAGAGACGAAAUGAGAGAGGAGACACAGUGUAAACAGACCAGCGCUUUCUACAACACUCGUCUUCUGCAUUCUUUUUUAAUAGAACUUCAUGCUUUUUGGUUAAUUUCCCAAACCAUGUUAGUUUUCUGUACUUAAAGCUCAACUUUACACCCUUUUCUAGUCCAUACUUCUACUUUUGACUCCACUUCUCUAUUCCAGUUGAGUGCUUUUAAUCGUCCCUAGUGUUUGGUAUCUUACCUAAGCAGAUGAAAACCUGCUGUUGUGAUGCCCACUGGGUAACUCUGCUCCUCUUCAUCUUCUCUUUGAAUCGUUGGGAUAUUUCUCUGUUUCUAUUUCCGUCUGCUCUCACUUACAGCCAAUCCCCCUUACAGCUAUGUGCAAACUCUUCCUCUUACAUUUUGUCCCUGUGUCUCUCUUGUACCUCAACGGUGCAUAGAGUAGUGAAAUCUCAAUGUUGUACCCUGAAAUAGUAAUCAAUCUUCCCAGCUACAUGCACUCGUUACUUUACUGUACUUUAUGAACACACUUUAAUCAGCAUUAUUACAGAGGAAGAAAUGUGUAUAUUGGAGAAGCCUAUGCUAUUUUUGUGUGUUUGAUGUAUUCCAGGAGAUGUGUUGAGAAACCAUUGAGUGGAAUGGUGUUAAUUUCUCAGAUUUCUGGGACAAAUAAAAGCCAAAAUUUCCUAUUGUGAUCCACAAAUCUUGUUACUAUUUAGUGCUUUUAUUCAAUACUGCUCCUUUACUGUUUACUCCUUUUAUUACUUUAAUCUGUAUCUUUAAACUUCUCUGUGUACCCACAACAUCUACGCUGGUACACUAUGUUAUGUUCCUGGGGGAGGGAAGACUAGUAAUAGCGUGUGAUUUUAAUCCCCUUGAUGACCAUUUCUGCUAUUAUUAUUGUUAUGAUUAUAACGAUUAUCCCUCUUGUUGUUGCUGUUCUAUAUUAUUGAAUGAUUUUCUUUCUUUGGACGAACAUGAUCUGUUGCACCUUGAAACAUCUUUGAUCUUCAGUGUUCCUCAGAAAGACUAUUCACAUGGAAACCACCCUCUGUCUGCAAUUUGCAUCCUGUCUCACACCUCCAGACAUUACUCACUUCUGCAAAGGAUCCUGCUGCCACUUUGGUUCUUCUCACCAUGGAUUCACGAGCGUGGCUCAAAAACUCGAACAUAAUGUCCAUGCAGACUUACUUUUUUCCUUUCUCCGUGAUCUCCUCUGUUCCCCAGCGGUGUACGGACUAUGCACACUUUCAAUAUUUGCUCCUCGUUGGUUUAUUUCCACCUUUAUCACCUCAAUCAGUGAUUGUUUGCUCCUCCAACAGGAUUUAGUCUCGAAUAUCCUCACAGAUGUGGUUGGUAAAUCUUCUAGUGACUCUAAUUGAACUACAACUGCCCUGCUGCAUCAGUGGUGUCCUUGGUGCCCAGCCCACUCAAUGCUGGUUAUUUGGAUGUAGUCGAGAUUUUUCCAGAAAAAAACACCAAUAAAAGAUUGUUCUCAUUCA